AUGGCCUGGAAUAUCUCAGCAAGCUUAGCUCUUCUGUACCUCAUAUUAUACGCCACCCUCCUUAUCCACUUACUGGUUCUUUACGGGAAGCAAAAAAUCAGCAUUCGCUCUCGAUUCACUUUUGUUACCUUCCACGUUCUAAUUCGCCUGGCCUCCCAGGCGACGGGAUUGGCUUUCGCAUUGGCCGGUUACUCAAACGUCGGCUUGCUUAUCGCAUACUUCAUCCUAGGCGCUGAGGGGUACUUCACGUUGGUGUUGUGCGCGUAUCGUUUCUUGAUAGUAUGGCACCAGGCGCAUUUCCGAUCGAGAGAGUCAUGGCUGGAGCCGAAGAGGCCAGCAGGAGAGAAAUGGUGGAGAACCACCCUUGGUGCCCUCGUGCCAUACGUCCCGGGGGAGAGAUUGCGACCUAUGGGUUUUAUCCAUAGCUACCUGGUAGUCGCCAACACAUUGAUCAUCGUGGGUGGAACGAUGCUCAGCCGUGGUUCCGGUGACUCGGAAGGGUUCGAGAGCGAUCUGCAGAGAAUCCAAACCUCCAAGAUCUUGCGAACUGUCGGUCAAGCCAUCUUCCUCAUCAUCAACAUUGCCUUGCUUUCGGCGAUCUUGAUGACAGCAUAUCAAGCCCGCGUCGAGUCUAACCGGCAAGAAGAAGACGAAGAAACAUCCAAUUAUCCCCAUCCAACGCUUAUCAUCUUACUCAUCGUUUGGCCUCUCCUCAUCGUGCGUGGGCUCUACGGCCUUCUUAGUCCUUUCGUCGACCCGUUCAACUACUUCGUUCCGGACAACUACGAUUCGCAUGGGCUCACGUUGAAGUUUAUCACAUAUGAGUACGUGCUUGGGACGACAAUGGAGUGGUUAUCUUGCGCCUUGUUGAUAGGUACAUGGUGGACCGAGAAAUGGCCGGGGUUAGUGCAAACAGUCCAAGAGAGUGAUAAAAAGGCGAUACAAAAUUAG